AUGCCAAAUCCAAAGGCACUAGUCGUAUUCGAUUUUGACUGGUCACUUGUUGACGAGGACAGUGAUUGCAUAGUCUUAGAAAAGUUGUCAAAGCCGCUUCGAAUGAAAAUGGAUAAGCUGCAACAUUCUAUGGAAUGGAUCGACAUGAUGGCUGUGCUUUUGAAAGAACUUCAUUCAGCUGGUAUAACACGGUCACAAAUCGAAUCAGCCUUAUCUUCAGUUCCGAUGCAUCCGUCGAUGGUAUCGUGCCUCCAUAUGGCUAAACACCACAAUGCUGAUAUAAUAAUUGUGAGUGACGCAAACACCAUCUGGAUAGAUCACAUCCUCACUCAUUAUGGAGUUCACCAUCUUGUUGACAAGAUAAUCACAAACCAUGCGGAAUGGGAUGCCGGAAAUUGUAUAGCCAUCGACAGUAAUACACAUUCACAACAAAAUUGCAACACGAUCCAUAGUACUACUGGGGAAAAAAUGUGCAAUAGAAAUCUAUGCAAAGGCCACGAGUUGAGGCAGUUGUUAAAUUUAAGAGAAUAUGAUAACGUUGUGUACGUUGGGGACGGCGUAAACGAUUAUUGUCCGUCACUGCAAUUAAGAGAUACGGAUGUCGUGUGUGUGAGAAAAGGCAGAACACUGGAGAAAUUGAUCAUAGACAAUUACAGCAACGUUCGAGCUGAAAUAAAAUUCUGGAAUGAUGCGGACGAUGUGUUGGAGAUAUUCAGCAACGUUUUUACAAGAACUAGACUCAAAUCUGAAGAAAAAGAAAGAAAUGCAAGUACAAGAAUGUGGUAUUUGGCUAAAGGAAUGGUAGCGGAAAAUAUUCCGAGAAUAUUGUCUUUAAAUAGAGCUGCGAAACCGUUAGAACAUUUGUGA